AUGUUGCCUCCAAACUUUUCAUCAAGAAUGCCUUUGAGCGACUCAAAUGCGAUUCCAAUCGGAAUUAUCAAGAAAAAGAUGAAUCUUCCCAUUCAAAAAAGAAAAAGUGAUACUUUGACUCGAUGUAUUGCCUGUUGCACUUUACCCGAGCUGAUGGUAAUGUUGGAUUCGGAAGAGAAAAGGAAGGAAGCGGGAAGAAUGCAAAAGCUUCAUCAUUUGGCUGUCAGUCAACAGAGAGUUGUAGUUGACUGCUUAACACGACAAAGUCGUGACCCAGACACGGACAUCUCAGCGGUCCUUAUGGACGCAAUGUCCAACAGAUGUACAAAAUUGCCUCUCCUCGUGAACCGACCGAAAUCUAUUUCUGACGCUGAAAGAUUAGCAAUGACUUUGUCAACGGUGCAACUAUCGGAGCAGCAAGGAGAAAACAAGUUCCGAAACAUGGAAUUUCCCGUUUUACAGGGGGUAUUCCAUCACGACUCCAACUAUAAUCUCUCCAUUCUUUUCGAUGGAAUUUCUCGUCUUCGAUCGGUUGGCUCCACUCUUUUUGUCAUUAUGGACAGCUCUCGUAAUAACAAAUCGUUUGCGUUCUUCGGAGGAAUCGGUUUUUUACUUACAAAAACUAAGCACCUCCGGCAAGUGACACUUGUGUAUCCAUCGGUCGGCCACACUCAUUUGAGUGUGGACGGCCACUUUGGAUUAGUUUCCAAAACGAUUUCGGAUAAAACCGUUAAGGAUCCAGAAGAUAAAAUUCUUUAUUCGUCAUCUUUGACUAUGAAUUCUACUCAGCUUGUUGGAGCAGAUAUUGGACACGAAGAAUACUAUUCGUCCUCCUAUUAUCCGACCAUAAUACAGCCAGAUAGCACGGAAGUAGGAUCAAAAAUUCAGAAACUUUUGAAGCAGAGUUCAAUUAUUUUGAGUCAAGAAAACGGAACAAAUUUUGAACAUUACUCGACGAACUAUGGAAAGAAAGCAAUCAAUAAAUUGAUUAUGGAGAUUAACUACGUGCCUCCAAAAGUGGCUGGACUUCUCAAUAUUGAUCAAGACCCGCAAAUGACAGUGCUGCGAUACUUAGAGCAGAACGGAGUAAAUGCCGGCCGAACUCCACAAGAACCGACUGUUCAUGCAUCUCAAAUAGACCAGUGA